AUGCGCGAUUACCUUAAGAACCUGUACGGCGUGGACGUGCUGGGCGUGCGGAGUUUUGUCGAGCAACAGAAGAUUACCCGGCUGCGGCCCAUGAACAAAUUCGGCUAUGGCAAAUGGAGACGGCCGAUCUCGAAGAAGAAAAUGACGGUAGAAAUGAAGCAGCCAUUUGUGUGGCCCGAGGCUCCCAAGGAUAUGGCCCCAUGGGAGCACGACCAGUUCCACAAAGCCGCCAAAUACCAAUCAGAUAUGCAAAAGACACAACGACCGGAUGCAGCCAUGCAAGCACCUAAGGAAGAGCGAGAGGUCUUCGAGGAGGCCGCCAAGGAGAUUUUGUCUGGCUCGAAACCCUGGCGUCCGACCUGGCAGGCCCUCGGCCUCAGCUAUGAUAGACCGGUGGUCGGGGGUCCUAAGGGGGCGCCUUCGCCUAGGUCAUAG